CGCGCAGGAGGGGCCCGCCAUGGCGGAGCGGCUGCUGUUCCAGCGCGGGGCCGGGCAGAGCGACGACUCGGACGUGUGGGACGACACGGCCCUCAUCAAGGCGUACGACAAGGCGGUGGCCUCCUUCAAGAACGCUCUGAAGAAUGGAGAGUGCUCGGAGCCUGCAGACAAGCAGGAGCAACACCUGGGGAUGAAAAGGAAAAACAAUAAAAAGAACAGAAAUAGGAAAAAGAGCAGUACAGUGCUUUUGAAACAGUGGAAAGUUGGUGACAGCUGUAAUGCUGUCUGGUCUGAGGAUGGUAACACAUACCUAGCAACUAUUGCCUCCAUCAAUCAGAAGAGAGGCACAUGUGUUGUUACUUACACAGGAUACGGGAACCAGGAGGAGCAGAACCUGGCUGAUCUCCUUCCUCCAGCCAGCAAUGAAACAAAUGAAAAUGAGACUCCAUAUUCAACGGAUGAAAGUGAAAAAUCUUUCCAGUCACCUCGCAACAAAAACAACUGCACAAAAGCAAGAUUCUCCCCUCAAAACCUACCUUUUCACACACCACCAGCAGCCCCAGGCCUAGAAAGGCCUGGACCAAAAUUCAGGGCACCUCCAAUGUUCUCAUCUUGCUGGCCCCCACCCUUCCCAGCAGGACCACCGUUGAUUCCUCCUCCACCACCUAUGAGACCAGACUCUCCGGAGGACGACGAAGCACUGGGGAGCAUGUUGAUAGCCUGGUACCUGAGUGGUUACCACACUGGGUAUUACCUGGGUUUAAAACAAAGACGAAUGGAAGCAGCACUGGAGAGAGAAACACAUGCAAAAUAAUUUUGUAUCUGUCAUUGUUUUGACGGUUUCCAGGUGCAAGUCUUUCCCACUGAGAGAUCCGUGUCACUUACACACUGAUGGUUGAUGGUGAAGAUCAGAAUUUUGUCAAGACAAUUAAUCUUAGUAUUUUCUUAAUGUUGAGCUGCCCCUGGUAGCAGCAAACAAUUAACUUGCCUAAUUGUAUGUGCAUUGAAACCAGCUAUUUUUUGAAGACCUCUAGUCAAAUGUAUUUAGAAAGCCCUGCAGCAACAAAGUGUUUUUUACUCCCUGAAACAGCUUUAGGUCAUUUUACCACUUUAUAGAUUUAAGUCUGUUAACCCCACGUAGCAAUUUCACGUCUCUCUCAUUUGAACACCUCUUGUGUUCCUCAGACUUUAUCUGAAUGAUGCGACCAGAACCAGCAAUCACUGUACAGUAAAAUAUACAACAUAUUAACAGUACAAUUCAAAUACAGUCCCUUUGGAGGCACCUAAGGCAUCAGUGUAUGUUGCAGUGGCCACUGGUGGCAACGGCCUGGAAAACCUGGAUGGUGUGGCAUCCUAUUGAGAUAUCACGGGUCCGAUUGAUUAGAGUCCUGAGCAUGACAGCUGGAUUCAGAAAGCCUCAUUUUUUUUGUUUCAAAUGCUUAUUAAUAAAGUUCUACUUUGCAAACUGA